AUGGCGGACGAGGAGACUCUGCUCCUCCAAGUUCGUAGCGGCCGCUGCGCUGCGGCCGAGGGUGCCGAGCCCCUUCCUAAGCGCCAGCGCCUGGACUCGGAAGACAGCGGCGGGCGGGGCUCGGGGAAGGGCCUAGGCCAAGAACGAGGGGUUGGGACGGCGCCCACCACAGGCUCCGCGACUAGGGCGGCGGCGGUGGUGAGGCUGCAGGGGGAGGGAGCGGCGGGCUGGAGCGGCGGGGAGAACGGGGCCGGGCUGCGGGGCCUGCCCCGCGAGGAGCCGCCUCCGCAGCAACAGGGGGAGGGGGCGGAGACGGCGCCCAGUGGAGACGCGGUGGAGACGGCCAUUGGCUACAGACGGUCGCAGUGUUCACACGGGGCGGCCGAGGCGGCUGCCCCGCAUCCUGAUGACAUCCUUUUUAGUGAUGAAAUCAUAGCCAAUGGUUUCCAUUCCUGUGAUAGUGAUGAAGAUGACAGAGCCUCACGUGCAAGCUCUAGUGACUGGACUCCAAGACCACGUAUAGGUCCCUACACUUUUGUUCAACAACAUCUAAUGAUAGGCACAGACCCACGGACAAUUCUGAAGGAUUUGCUUCCAGAAACAAUCCCUCCUCCUGAACUGGAUGAUAUGACUCUGUGGCAGAUUGUUAUAAACAUUCUUUCAGAACCACCAAAAAGGAAAAAACGAAAAGAUAUUAAUACUAUUGAGGAUGCUGUGAAACUUUUACAAGAGUGCAAAAAAAUAAUUGUCUUGACUGGAGCUGGGGUGUCUGUUUCUUGUGGAAUACCUGACUUUCGAUCAAGAGAUGGCAUCUAUGCACGCCUUGCAGUAGAUUUUCCAGACCUUCCAGAUCCUCAAGCAAUGUUUGAUAUAGAAUACUUCAGAAAGGAUCCAAGACCGUUUUUUAAAUUUGCAAAGGAAAUAUAUCCUGGACAGUUCCAACCAUCUCUCUGUCAUAAGUUCAUAGCUUUGAUGGACAAAGAAGGAAAACUACUUCGCAACUAUACUCAGAACAUAGACACACUGGAACAGGUUGCAGGAAUCCAAAGGAUAAUUCAGUGUCAUGGUUCCUUUGCAACAGCUUCCUGCCUCAUCUGUAAAUACAAAGUUGACUGUGAAGCUGUUCGAGGAGACAUUUUUAAUCAGGUUGUUCCAAGAUGUCCCAGGUGUCCACCUGAUGAACCACUUGCCAUCAUGAAGCCAGAGAUAGUGUUCUUUGGAGAAAACUUACCUGAGCAGUUCCAUAGGGCCAUGAAGUAUGACAAAGAUGAAGUUGAUCUCCUUAUUGUUAUUGGGUCUUCACUGAAAGUAAGACCAGUAGCAUUGAUUCCAAGUUCCAUCCCCCAUGAAGUGCCUCAGAUCUUAAUUAAUAGGGAACCUUUGCCUCAUCUACACUUUGAUGUGGAACUUCUUGGAGACUGUGAUGUCAUUAUUAAUGAAUUAUGUCAAAGGCUAGGUGGUGAAUAUACAAAACUUUGCUAUAACUCUGUAAAACUUUCAGAAAUAACAGAAAAGCCCUCACGAAUGCACAAGGAAUUUGAAAUGCAUUCAGCUGAGUUACCACCUACCCCUUUAAAAAUUUCUGAAGACUCUAGUUCACCGAACAGUAUGACACCACCAGAUCCUUUAGUGGUACUUUCAGAGCAUCCAACUGAAGGUAAGGCAGAAAAUGUUGAUCCUCCCUCAGAAUCUAAAGAGAAUUGCAUGGAGGAUAAAUUGCAAGAAGUUCAAGCAUGCUCAGAAAACUCUGAAAGUAUUACUGGCCAGCUAAUGAACUCAGAACAUCUGAAGGAUAAUAGAUCUAACAAGGAGGAAAAUAAAGAGAAAAAUGAAAUAACUUCAUCAGUUGAAACAUUGAGAAAAUGUUUGGCAAACAGAUUUGCAAAAGAACAAAUUAGCAAGCGGCUUGAUGGUACUCAAUACUUAUUUUUACCACCAAAUCGCUACAUUUUCCAUGGGGCUGAGGUUUACUCAGACUCUGAAGAUGAUGUCCUAUCUUCUAGUUCUUGUGGAAGUAGUAGUGAUAGUGGUUCUUGUCAUAGUCCAAGCUUAGAUGUUGAAGAUGAAAGUGAGAUUGAAGAAUUCUAUAAUGGCAUGGAGGAGGAGGAUGCUCCAGAGAGAGAAGAGGAGACUGGAUUUGGGGAAGAUGGAGUUGUUCAAGAUGCAGUUGGUGAACCAGCUUAUAUAAAUGAAGCUGCAGGAAUUGAUCGUCCAUCAAACAAAUUGUAAAGUAAUCAUUGACUGGUUACAGGAACUUUCCCACCAGCAUUAGGAGCUUUGGCAUGUUGGAAUGAAUGUUUACUUCUGAACUUAGAGCAAGGAAUCCAUACGGAUGUAACGUUUAUAAACAACUAAAACAGAUUUUCAUGCAGUUUUUUUUUAACUUUUUUCAAUAAAAUUUUGUAACUGCAUUCAACACUAAUUUUUUUUAUUUUAAAAAGGUACUAAGAGUAUCUUUAAGCAAUUGUCACUAUGUUCACUUUUAUUAAGUUCAUUUGUGUGAUCAGGCAUCUGUGUGUAUGGGUGUAUAUAUAUAUAAACAGUAUUUUUGCUUAAUGAAUUUCAACAUAUAUUAUUUUUAAACAGUUUUGAAAAAGCCAUUGGAAUGUUAAACUAAUAUAAAGGGAACAGCUAAUCUAGACCAAAGAAUGGUAUUUUUACACCUCGUGGUUUAUAACAGUUUGGUUUAUUUAUAAGCUCUUUAUGCUUCUGCUAAAUCUUUCGUUCUUUUACAAUCUGUCAUUAAACACUGGCAUUUUCCAAGACUUUCUGUGGCAGCUACUUUUUGCUUUGUUACUUUGUAUAUUUGAGACAGUGUCAGUAGAUAGUUAAAAAUAAAACAAGACAGAGAGCACUUGAAAAUGUUUUUGCCUUUCUGAGACUUAUAUAAAGUGCUCUGAAGAGGAUCAUGCUUAAUUAGCGUUUUUGAAGGAUGACUGAUAUUUCCUGUGGACAUGAAGCAUUUUCUAUAUUGGCUCAUAAAACUAUAACAAGACAGUAAGAAAUGUUAUGAAAAUAUUUGUUUCUAUUAAAGAAACAAAUUGGAUCCUCUAACUGCAGAAGUUUUUCAAGUUAAUGUAUAAAAGGUCUAUCCGUGUAGUACUGCUUGCAUAAAUCCUUUCUGAUAAACUGCCAAGAUGUUAAAAUGCAAGCUAUUAUGAAAUUGUAAAUCUCUUACUUCCAGGAGAAUGUAAGUAGGGGAAGAUCUUUUCCCAAAUAUUUGAGUGCUUAUCAUUUAAACUAGUUUCUCCCCUUCCUAUUACACAAAAAGCUGGCAAUUAGCUGCUUACACUUCUAAAGUAAUUGGUAAAAUGCAGUGUAACCAUAACUCAACCAGAAAGUGUGCCUCUUUGAGGUUCUGUCUCUUGUUUGGAGAAUGAUACCUUAUUACCUACUAGUUCGGUGUUUUUGUACUAGAAAGCAAAGCAGCUACUGAAAUUGGCUCCUACAGCGUAUCUUCAAAUGCUAGGUCACCAUUUUUUUUCAACUGCAGAUUUGUUUCCAUGCUUUUAGAAUUAAAUAUUUUGUAAAAUUGCACAGUAUAGUAGUAAGUGAAGCAUUUGUUUUCUAUAAACCACUUCCAUGCAACACUGACCCAAAAGAACUCUACAGACAUAGAUUAUUCAUACUUUGCUUGAAUAUUUAUUACAUUUUGGAAUAUAUAUAUAGUAGCUGUUCUUUAAACAUAAAAUUUGUUAAGUAAUUCAGAGACUUUCAAAUGUAUUAAGAAUGGCCUUCUGUGUUCAUCUAAAAAAUGUUCACAUGUUGUCUCAUGGUCCAAAUUUUAAGACAGAUUUCAUUUGGCUACAUUAAAGAAUGCAGUAUGUUUAGUUUUCACUUGCAUGUCACAAUGUAUUAGUUUGUGCUAUAGGAGAUAUUUUAAAUUGAAAGAUUUUGUUUUAAAUUAUUUUUACAGUGAGGAUUGUUUUCUGCUUUUAUAUUGUAUAUAGCGUCUUUUAUGUAAUCUACUGACAUACAUUUUGUAGAAGACUGUUUAAAAUGACUGGCUCUCUUCCUGCAACUUUUGAAAUACAAACCCGUGUUUUAUACUUGUACACUCUGUUCUAAAGUCUAUUAAAAUUGUCAUUUGA